AUGGCGAACCCCGGCCUCGCCGCGUUCGUAGGGUUGUUGUUCGACAACGCCGCGCGACCCAAGAGCAAUCUGUACGCGCACCUCGAAGAUUUCCGCCAGUACGGGUUCAAAAGCCCGUCGGACGCAAGGAACGGACCGUACCAGCAUGCCAACCACUAUGUGGGCAGCACGACGUUCGGCCACUGGGAGACGAUCCCAGGCGAGAGCGCACGGUUCAGCACGGCCAUGAAGAACUACCGAGGUAGUCGGCCCAGCUGUACUAGUAGUGCGAAUGCCGAUGGCGAUGACGAUGAGAACGACGACAGUGAUGUCCUCCUAGUCGAGGUCGCAGGUAGAUUCGGGCAUGAUCUCGCGGGGUUUGUGCAGAGUCGACACGGUGACAAGCUCCGAGGCCGAAUCAUCCUGCAAGAUCUGCCCGUCGUGAUCGACGACCCUGUCACGAAUGCUCUUCCGGCCAGGAUCGAGAAGCAGAAGCACGACUUCUUCGUGCCGCAGCCGGUGAAAGGGGCCAAGUGCUAUUUCAUGCACAUCAUCCAGCAUGACUGGCCGGACGAAGAUUGCGUCAAGAUCUUGAGCCACCUGAGAGACGUGAUGACACCUGGGUACUCACAACUUCUUGUGAACGAUGCGAUUCUGCCGGAGACGGAUUGUCCGUUGAUUGCGAUGGCGUACGAUAUCACGAUGAUGGCUCAUCACUGCGGGAUCGAGAGAAGUGAGCUCAUGUGGAGGAAGCUGGUUGACCAGGUCCUUGGGCUGGAGAUCGUCAAGCUCUGGUAUCCACCUGAAGGUGAAGGCCUCAUUCAGAUUGUGAGGACGGGGAAAGGGCCAGUGAACUAG